ACAAAUUGAAUUGGAAAUAUUCAUAGUUUUCCCAUUCACAGAUCACUCCAGCUUGGCUUCGUCUUUUGAUCAGAGGGAGAGAGACCAGAAACCUCUCUUCUUCAUCGAUUCUCUCUCUCUCUCGAUUUUCAACCGAUUUGAAUUCACCUCUUUCUCUUAACCAUGCCUUCCCGCAGAAGGACCCUCUUGAAGGUCAUCAUCCUUGGGGAUAGCGGGGUGGGGAAGACCUCUUUGAUGAAUCAAUAUGUGAAUAAGAAGUUUAGUAAUCAAUACAAGGCCACCAUUGGAGCUGAUUUCUUGACUAAGGAAGUACAAUUUGAAGAUAGACUUUUCACUUUGCAGAUAUGGGAUACAGCAGGCCAGGAACGAUUUCAAAGUCUUGGUGUUGCUUUUUAUCGAGGUGCUGAUUGCUGCGUUCUGGUGUAUGAUGUCAAUUCAAUGAAAUCAUUUGACAAUCUUAACAACUGGCGGGAAGAAUUCCUUAUCCAGGCAAGCCCUUCCGAUCCGGAAAAUUUUCCUUUUGUCGUUUUAGGAAAUAAAGUUGAUGUUGAUGGCGGAAACAGUAGAGUUGUUUCAGAGAAAAAGGCUCGAGCUUGGUGUGCAUCAAAAGGAAAUAUCCCGUACUUUGAAACUUCUGCCAAAGAAGGCAUUAACGUAGAAGAGGCAUUCCAAUGCAUUGCAAAAAAUGCCCUCAAGAGUGGGGAAGAGGAAGAGAUAUACUUACCGGACACCAUUGAUGUUGGGAGCAACAAUCAGCCAAGAUCAUCUGGAUGUGACUGCUGAGUUUAUUACACUGAAUUACCUCCUAUUCUAUUUCAUUCUCCAGUAAAGCAAAAGGUCUUUUAUAAAGGUCGUACAGACUUGGGCUUUCUAUGCGUUCCUAUUUGUACAUUUUGGCUUUCCAUUCGGAGUCCUGUCAUUAUGAAUUCAGUUGUGUUUGGUCUUGCAAGUUGUGUUUACUGUCUUAGGUAUAUUCAUUGUAUCCGUCUGGUGUUUUGACUCUCUACCUGAGUCUCAUUUGUUGAUGACAAUCAGUUUGUCGCAUAAGUUUAUGUAAUUCUUCUCUUUAGUUAA